AUGAUAUCGUAUGGAUCGUUCAUAUGGUGGAAAGGCACUACAUCGGCGAUGGCACAGAAAGCUCUUUGCCAUCUUCAGAGGGUUGUGUGUAUGGCAAUAACAGGAGCUGCCAAAAGUGCACCACAAGUAGCACUGGAAACUUUGCUAAAUAUUCCACCAUUGGACAAAUUCAUCACAGCCGAGGCACAAAUAACAGCAUUUCGGUUAAGAACAAUCAUAAACUUGGAAAGAGUACGGCACUACAAUCACUCGAAUGCUAUAGAGAGAUUGUAUUCUUAUGAACCGUUCCUACAAGCUCCAAGCGACAGGAAUCCACCUGCAUUAUAUUUCGAAAAACCUUAUCGUGUAAUUUUACCGACAAGGGAGGCAGAAAUGAUGGAGGAAAGGCCUACUGUCACACAAAUCGAUAGAUGGUUUACAGAUACUUCAGUAAACAUAUUUGGAUCUGGAUAUGGCUUUUGGAAUGAAAGCACAGAUACGGAAUACUGUGGAUACCUUGGCCUAUAUGCUGAUAUUUCACAGGCUGAGUUGUCUGCUAUUCUAAACUGCAGUAUAGAAAUAGCAAAUGACAAUCUCAGCACAUCACCCAUAGUGAUUCACACGGAGAGUUUGUAUGCUAUUAAAGCAUUAAACGACUUCAAAGUGGACACCAAACUUGUGUUAGACUGUAUUACAUUACUAACGCAGAUAGCGCAACGUAGGGAAGUAACCCUAAAAUGGAUUUCACCUCAAACCCAAACUCAGGGACAAAUGAGGGCGGCCAUUUUAGCCAAAAAAGGUGCUUCGCAAAGAGCAUAUGGUCCCGAACCCUUUCUUCCUUGGAACGAAAGGAAAUGUAGGAACAUAUGUAACAAAUGGUUACAGGAAAGUAUUAUCAUACGAUGGCGUAACACAAAUACAUGCUCAACAACUAGAAGUUUUCUAACGACACCUAGUAAAAAGAUUGCAUCACAACUACUUAGUUUAAGUAAAAUGAAACUAAGUUAUACCAUAGGUAUCCUAACAGGUCAUAUUAGACUGAAUGCACACUUGAAGCGCAUUGGAGUUAGGGAUGAUCCAGAUUGUGACCUUUGCGGAAGAAAUGAGGAAACCUCAAUUCAUUUCCUGUGCACAUGUACACAACUAGAUCGUACCAGAGUUACUAUUUUUGGUAAGGGGACGAUCAAUCCAGAGGAAGUCUUAAAAUUUGAUAUUUCAAAAAUUUUUAGCUUCAUCAAAGAGUCGGGAUUGCCAAUGGAUGCCAAUCUAACCAAGGUAAGUAGUGGUGCUGAUGGUGGUGGUAGUGGUGCUUCAUCAAAUUGGUGUGUUCGUGCGCAAGAAAAUCGUGAGAAAAGCUUGCCACCAAUUUUACAUCAUUGCAAUGGAACCGCAGUAGCAGCAACGACAGCAAAUUUCGUAGUAGUACGAGCAACAUUGUACAAUAAAGAUAGAAAAUGA